ACUAGUCGGCCAGCUUUUAGAGCUGAGCUGCACCGCCUACAGUCACAAUGCUUUCCGAGGGAGGACUUGUUCUGUGAAACCUCACUUUACAGGAACACUUCAGCCUGAUGGCGGCCGAGGGCCCGAUCAUCGAAGAGGACUUGCUUUGUCCUCAGUGCACCGGCAUUUACUGCUUUCCCGUUCUUUUAAAAUGCGGCCACAAUAUUUGCAGGGUUUGUUUGUACAAAUUCUGGGAAUGGAAAGGAUGUCGGGAAUGUCCUGUGUGUGGCUCCCUGUCUGUCCCCGAGAGGCCUCCCAUCAAUUUGGCACUAAAGAUAGCUGCGGACAAAUAUCAAGUGCAGAGGAACAGCAAGAAUCAAGAGGCCUGUGCUCUCCACAACGAGAAGCUGAAGGUUUUCUGCAGGAACGACGAAGAGCCCAUCUGUCUCAUCUGCCAAAUCUCAAAGCAGCAUAAAGUGCACGACUGCUGCCCGGUAGAGGAAGCGGCCCAACAGAAAAAGACAGAAAUUACAACCAUGCUGGAGACCCUGAAGAAAAAGCUCAGAGAACUGAACAAGACAAAGGAGCAAUGGGAGGAAACCAAGACUUAUAUUCAGAUCCAAGCUCGUCAAACCGCAACAGCAAUUAAAGAGGAGUUUGAGAAGCUGCACCAGUUCCUUCGGGAGGAGGAAGCUGCGAGACUGAGCGCGCUCAAGAACGAAGAGAAAACAAAGUUCCAGGUGAUGAGUCAAAAGCUGGAAAACAUCAAAGACCAGAUUGAAACUCUCUCAGCCACCGUCAGCUUUGUCCAGAUUUCCCUCGGAGAAAAGGAUUUACCAUUUUUACAGGACUACAAGCAGACCAAGAAAAGGCUCAAAUGCAACAUUCGGCAACCAGAAUGUGUCAGAGACAUUCUGAUCAAUUCUGCAAAGCAUCUGGGUUUACUUAAAUUUGGAAUUUGGAAGAAGAUGGUCAGCAUUGUCCAAUAUGUUCCCGUCACUCUGGAUCCAAACACGGCCCAGACCAACUUACAGUUCUCUCAAGACCUGACCAGUGUGCAUUUCGGCAAAAAGCAGCCCCUGCCCGACAACCCCGAACGCUGCACCAGCCGCGUGAGUGUGCUCGGAGCUACUGGCUUUACGUCUGGGAGACACAGCUGGACGGUGCAGAUGGGCCGAGGCAAAGACUGGUACAUUGGAGUGGCCAGGGAGUCCAUCAAAAGAAAGAGCACCAUCUUCCUCAACCCCACUGAAGGUUUCUGGGUAGUUGGACUCUGCAACGGAGACUCAAUGUGGGCUCAGACCUCCCCUCGGACCAAGCUCGCCAUGAAGCAGAAGCCUGAAAAGAUCACUGUUGAGCUGGACUAUGACAAAGGAAAGGUGGUCUUCAUCAAUGCCGCCGACAUGACGACGAUACACACGUUCAAGGACAAAUUCACAGAGAAGAUCUUCCCCUACUUCUCCCCCGGAUUCUGUGACGACGGGAAAAACACAAGUCCACUGACCAUCUGCCCGCUAACAAUAAAUGUAGAUGUAAAAUAGACCUAUGUACAGUAGACACAUCUCUGUACAGAUGAACAAAAGACAAAGAGUUUAAUAUUAGAAUGGUGUGCUGUCGCUACUAGGAAUUGUUGAUGAUUCAUUGUACAGUACAACACUGUAUGGAAUAAAGGUCAGAGAAGCGCUAUACAGCUGUAUAACGUUUGUCAAUCAAUUUCUCUGGAAUAUGUGAGAAAACAGUACACCCAUCCCCUUUGAUUUCAAUGUUCGGUGUGGCUCCGAUGACUGUGACUCUCUCUGGACACUGUUGGAACACGAUGGCCUUCUGCUCUUUGUUGGCUAGGAGGCUUAUCCUGUUUAAAUGGAAGGACACUCUCACCCUAACCUAUGGUCAAUGGAUUAUGGAGGUUGUGAGUCAUGUUCAUCUAGAAAAAAUUAGAUAUUGUAAGAGGGUCUACUAGAAAAUUUUAUGCCAUUUGGUAGCCAUUUAUUUCCUGUGAAGAAUGCAUGGCAGCUACUAACAUAACUAUGUUGCGCAAAAUGUGUGUGUGAAUGUCUAGAGAUAUAUGUGAACUUACUGCAGGUCCAGUACAUGUGGGUGGGGGGG